AGCCAAAAAAGGAAAAAUGUUCUAGUGGUGUAACAUCGACGUCGACUGUAGAGGUGUCGAAGGACAGCUCAUGGAGCGCAUCUAGAAAUUACAAUCCAACAGGUUGAAUUAUAGACUGCUACUGGCUGAGAAUCAGAGCGCAUGGGCGUACUGGGUCUCAUACCAUUCCUGCUGAAGACAUGUCCGCAGGUCGUCAGGACGCUCCCCGACCGCCUCAGAUCUCUGCGUGGUAGGACAAUCGCUAUCGAUGGUACUCUCAUCACACAAAGGCUGCAUUUUGCGCCCAUACCUCACCAUCACAGGCACGUGUUGGGAUGGCAUCGUAUUGUCACUGAACUUAAGGACUUUGAUGUGAAUCCCAUCUGUGUUUUUGAUGGACAAGAACGCAGCGCAGCAAAAGCGCGGGAGGUGGAAAGGCGCAAGGAAAUACAACGUAUGGAGAGAACCCGUGGUCUUAUCGAGGCUGCCAGGCUUCAUAGACUGCAACAGCUGAUGCGGCUUCUGCCACAUUACCGUUCCCUGCGUGCCAGUGACCGUCAACGUAUUACCGAGACCCUCGCGAAAGUGGCGGUCACACGGCCGCCGGGCGCUCAUCCUAUGCAGGGGUCACAACGUUGUGAUAGUACAACGUCCACAACUGUGGAUGGCACGCUCGCGUCAUGGAGUACGAUCCCACCUCUUUCCCACCCACAUUUCUGCGAAUAUGGAAGUUUUACGGAGGAAGAUCUUGAGGACGUUAUGCAAGCUACCAAUGGAGAGCCCCUCGGUGUUACGGAUCACCAUGAGGCAUCAGCAGUCUGGUCAAAUGAGGCGGAACAAGAGAUGAAUGUGCUUCCCUCCAGUCAAUACGCUCGAUUUAAUGCCCUUCCAUACGACCCUGACACUGCGCCGCCUACCGUCAAUUGGGCGGACGUUGGGGAGCAUGCGGCCCGGCGUUGGCCACUAGAUGCUCUCGCCGUCUACACCGAGCCAUGCCUACAGCCAGGAGAUAUCCAAGUUGCACUGUCAGCCCUGUAUGACGAGUAUCAACAAGGCCUAGACCAACUGACAUCCAUGCCGUCGUCGUCUUCAAGUGUGUCGGUGACAUCCGACCUUGCUCCAGACGCGCCUGAGGCGGGGAUCGAAUACGCCAUGUCUAAGUCACAAUUACAGAUGACCAUAGAUGAGGGUCAAGUAUGGGAAGCCUUUGCGACAUCUCCAUUACCGACAGAGCUAGAAGCAAUCCUCAUGUCUCUGGCAAGGAAAAGUGGCGCCAUCUCUUACUCCUACCAUCGCCGUACCAAUCUUCCCUCGCCAGAAACAUAUAAGGAAUGCAAGGAAGUGUUGCGUGCUAUGGGUGUGCCCUGCAUUGACACUACCGGUCCGUUUGAAGCCGAGGCUCUGGCAUCAUCAUUGGUCAUGCAUGGCCAUGCGGACGUCGUAGCCAGCGAAGACACGGAUGUACUUGUCUAUGGCGCCCCCCUUCUACGUAACAUUGCCAAUCGAGACAGCCCCCUCGUCGUCGUCUCUGGGUCGGAUGUGUACAAUUCGCUCGAGUUAGAUCGCUCCCAGUUCAUAGAUUUCGUUCUCCUCCUCGGCACGGAUUUUUCUCAACGCAUCAAAAAUGUUGGUCCCCAACGUGCGCUCAAGUUUAUUAAAGAGUACGGGGCCAUUGAACGCGUCAUUAAGAACGAAAUCAAAUACCCUCCGCGGAUACCUGCCGCCGCUUAUCUCGCACAAGUCGAAGUUGCCCGCACGGUCUUCAAGACUCUCCCCCCCGUUCCCGCGACUGACCUUCUGCAACCGUUACCAGAGGAUCCAGCAGCCGUCUCUCACAUUAUACAAAAAUGUGGACUCCACCGAGCCCUUCAUGAGCACUGGGACCAUGAGGCUGCAUUGACUGGGAAUUACUUUAACGAUAAUCCGUCUGCUAGCUUCGCCUAGGUUGUCCGUGCAGUAUUAGCGCUGCAUCCCCUUUGUCCACUGAUCAGUUAAAGCGCCAUGCUCACCGCAAAAUCUCCUAGACCUAUCGCACGCAACCACGAACUGUAGAAGCUCUCAUAGAAAAUUUACAUCAUUCCGUAGUGUAUACAACCCGGAGGACG